CGUAGGGAAAGAAGAUCGAGGAAUAAUUAAAUGUGUAACAUUUUUGUCGCUUUCUUGCCACUCAAGUUCCGGAAAAGAUAUUUGUCAUUUGUCUUUGAAUCUGAAACGAAAGACGUUUGUUUUGUUCAUCGGAAACAAGGCCUAUUUUGUUGAAUUUACUCAAUCGAAUACUUGAAUAAAGCUGGUUAAUGUGUAAAGCAGUAAGAGCACAUCAUGAAGAAUGAUCGUAUCUCACUGCAUCAGAAUGUAAGACAUAGAGGGUGCAUCUCAUCUUAACGACAUGGACGAUUUGACUGACCUGACCUCCAUGUCAAAGGUCACUGACCUGAACCAAGAGGGUCAUUUGCUGUCCUGGGGCUGUGGUGAGUUUGGUCAGCAUGGCCAUGGUGGAUCUGGUGAGAAUGUUGGUUCGGAGGAUGCUCGGGUGGAUCAUGUGGAUUCGGCGAAUAGAUCACACCGCAUCAAACAUAUUUCAUGCGGGGCAAGCCAUACAGCUGUUGUGACAGACCAGGAUGAAAUACUGACCUGGGGAAAUGGCAACAGUGGACAACUUGGUUGUGGGGACAAAGCAACCCACACCAGCCCUCAGAGAUUAAGACUGGGCCCUCAUGAUUCUACUGUAGCGGGUGUGGCCUGUGGUAGCCGGCACACAGUAGUCUGGUUGAAGAAUGGCCGCGCCUACAGCUGUGGGAACAAUUUCUACGCCCAGCUGGGAUAUGACUUCCGAAUCAAGAACUAUAAGGAAAAUCAGGUCAUGAAACAGCGUCUUAAAGAUGAGCUAUCUGGAAGGGAAGGUCCAUUGGAGGUUUUACCCCAUUUUCUGCGUCCCAUCAUGCACCGGAAGGUGGUCCAGGUUUCAUGCGGGGAGAAGUUUACUUUGUUUUUGUUUGAGACGGGACAAGUAGCUGGAUGUGGGGCCAACAACUUCGGGCAGCUGGGUAACGGAACGAGGGCAGAAGGUGUAUCUCCAAAUCCAUUGGAUGAUCCUGAAAACAUUGUCAGUAUUGCUGCUGGAUCUUGUCAUUCGCUUGCCGUCACUGCAACUGGUGAAUUAUAUGUGUGGGGUAUGGGAAGAGCCUGUGGAAGUCGCCGUGAUGAUCUUCUCGUACCACAUCGCAAGACGACCCGCCGUAGCAACGUUGUGGGCGUGGCUGGAGGGAGUGGUCAUUCACUUGCAUUAACAGGUGAGCUUCUUUAUAACAUUUCAUAGAUUUCUUGGAAAUAAUUAUUGGAUACUAGUAUAGAGAUAGGCUUUGACUUAAUAUCAUCAAGUAUGAGAUAAUG